AUGCGAAUGAAGUUCCCACUGUGGAUCGAAAUAAUGGGCUGUGACUCCGAGGUGUCCUCAGCUGACAGUGACCUGGAGGCUCGUCUCAACAGCUGGAACCUGGGGAUUGAAAGCCCGAGAUAUUUGCGAGAGAAGCCUGUUCCCUUGUCUCCUAUUUUGAAGUCAAACUGUUCACUUGGCGAGGGUCUCAUUCCAGCGGCUGACCUGAACAAUGAGGUUGAGCUGAAGAUAAAAGUUGUUGAGGCCAAGCACCAGGAGGAGAUUUUGAAGUGUCAGCAGAGACAUGAUAAAGAUGUUGAGAAGAUUUUGCAUCGAAAGAACAAAGAGAUUGAUGAGUUAAAGAGCAUGUAUUUGGCCAAGCAGAAUGAUGCUGAGGAGAAGAUCCGAAAGCUGGAGAGGAAAGUUCAGAAUGUGCUGCGGGAGUCCCAGUUUAUUUCUGAGACCAAGGAGAAACAGAUCCAAGAACUGAAGAAAAUUGCAGAUCAAAGCAGUAAUACUUUAAAAAAUGAGUGGGAGAAGAAGCUGCGUGUGGCUGUGACAGAGAUGGAGCAGGAGAAGUUUGACCUACAGAAGAAACACACCGUGAACAUUCAGGAGCUGUUGGAGGAGACCAACCAAAGAUUGGCCAAGAUGGAGGCGGAGUAUAGUGGCCGGGCACAGUCCACAGAGAAGACAGUACGUGACCUGGAGAAGAGGGUGAAGCAGCAGUCGAUGGAGGUUGAAAAGGGAAACAAAUUGCGACAGAGGGUGACACAGGAGAAGGCUCAGCUGGAGAUCCACAUCGCAUCCAUCAGUGCUGAACUACAGGAGGCUAACAGGAGAAUUCUUAGUCUGCAAAAAGAGAAGGAAGACCAGAAGAAACUCUAUCAACAAACGAUGGAGAAACUACAUACUAAAUAUGAAACUGACAUAAGCCAUUUGCAGCAAGAGCACAAGCUGUCUGCAGCUAAGGCUUCUGAGUUGAUUGACGAGUUGGAGAAAAAUGUGGCUCAACUAAGACUACAACUCCAAGAAAAUGAGAAUUUUAGACUUGAACAACUUCAGGAUCAUGAGAACAAGUUCCAAAUGGAAAAAGAACUGAAGAUCCAAAGCGAGAAGAAGGUUCAGGCUAUUCACAAUGAGGCUGAGAAAGAGCGGGCAGAGGCUAAAAGGAAGAUUGGCCAGCUUGAAGACAGUCUCAGGGACAGUGAAAGGGAACUGGAGAAGACCAGAGCAAGCCAGAGACAGCAGAUGCAGCAGGCAGACAAGGCACUUGAGCAUUUUAAGAAGCAAGUGGAAAUCAGCUCUGAGAAGGCGUAUGCUGACAUGAAACUGCAGAUGGAAAAGGUAGAGGAAGACCUGGAGCGCUCCAAGUCCCUGAGAGAAAACCAGGCGAAAGAGUUUUCUCAACAACUCGAUUCUCUACGCCACAAAUAUGAACACCAGAUGGCUGAGCUCUGCAUGCAGCACGAGCAAGAGAGGACGCGGCUCCAACAAGCGCACAUCACCGAAAAGGACGGCAUGGUCCAAGAGCAUCAGCGCGAGGUCGGCAGUCUGGAACGCCAGGCCAGGGCCACCCUUCAGCAGCACCAGCAGCUCACACAGGAGUGGAGGAAGCGCGAUGCCCAGGUGAUUUCAGAUUUGGAAACUCAGGUGACCCGUCUCCGGGAAGAACUCCAAAUAGGAAACUUUGAGCACAAGCAACAGGUGGCGGGGAUGGCUUUGCAGCUGGAUGAGGACAAACAAAAAGCUUCAGCAGACAAGGAGGAGGCUCUGGACCAGCUUCGGUCUGAGAUGGGGCGCCGCCACAAAGAUCUGGAAAAGAAACUUCAGAGAGAGCACGAGGCCGCGUUGGGGAAGGCCAACAGCAGGCUGAAGCAGAUUGAGAAGGACUACAGUCAGAGGCUCACCAAAUCUGCCCAGUUAAUAGCAGAGCUCCAGACCAAUGCGUGUGACUCAAAGGAGGAGGCGGUCCGGCUUCAGAAGGCCAUGGAGAGGCAGCUGGAGGAGGCCCACGCUCGAUGGGAUGAACAGAGGAAGAUGCUGCACCAUCAUGCGGAUCAGAACUACAUGGCUCUGCAGGAGAAGGUGGAGAAUCUACAGACGCAGCUCCACAGCUCUGAGAAGAAACUGCUGAGCAAGGAGCUGGAGAUGGAAGAGAAGGUAACAGGAGUGCGCCAGGAGUACGAGGAGAAAAUCAAAGGCUUAAUGCCGUCCAAUCUCAGACAAGAACUCGAGGACACGAUCACCUCCCUGAAGUCACAGGUUAAUUUCCUUCAGAAGAGAGCGACUCUGCUGCAGGAAGACCUGGAUGCCUCUUGCAGCAGGAGGUCAGCCUCAUUGUUUGGACUCUGCUGA